UCUGGCCUUUCAGCUCUGCUGUGGCCGACGAUUUGUGCACCGUGUUACAUCAUUUAUAGACAAAUUAUAGUCAAAUUAAACAAGCGCUGUCCCACGCAAAGUGACUGAGUAAACAAUUUAGUUAUAGUUUAUAGAAAUGUGCAUGCAGUUGGCAAUUUGGAGCGCGAUUUCAUAACAAACCAAGGAGCCCGAAAGCCAACAUCAACGUGAACUUGCGGGCUGCGUGUUUUGGGUCGCGUUCGCCGGAAACAUAAACACACGAUGAGCGAAAGCAGUAAUCAGUUUAGUGCCAUUGAUUUUUGAGUAUUUCAACCUAAAAAAAAAAAAAAAGAAAGAAAAAAAGAAAACAGUGAGAAUCGGAAAAAAUAACAAAACGAGAGUUAAAAGCAGCCAAAGCCGAUACCGAUAUAUCGAUAACAAUAACAGUACUUGAAUCAACGUGCACCUUCUUAUCGUUAUCGUUUUGAAGUGAAUUAUUAUUAUUAUUUUGUUGUUCUCGAGUUUUUGUUAUUGCCAACAGAAAGCGGCUGGGGCUGGGGCAAGGGCAUUGCACAUAGGCUGCAUACCUUUUGUUUUGUAUCAAAAUUCUCUCAUUUAACAAAUAUAAAACGCAACCCAAACAAAUGGCGGCCUACUUGAAUCGCACCAUUUCACUGGUGACUGGCCAAACGGGCCCCUCCGGCAACGAUAAACACUCAACGGGCACGGACUCUGUUGACAAUUCACGUCACGGUAAUCUGUCACUGCAAACGUCCGCUUCGUCCACGUCGGCCAACAUGACCGACAAUCGCAUGUAUCAACCGAAUGACAAAUCGCCGCUGCAGAUAUUUGUGCGCGCCAAGAAGAAGAUCAACGAUAUUUAUGGUGAAAUCGAGGAAUAUGUGCUGGAGACAACCACGUUCAUCAAUGCUCUGCACGCGGACGCAGAGAUUGUCGAUAAGGCGGAACGUGAGCUAUUCGAGAGCUAUGUGUACAAGGUGGCUGCCAUACGUGAGGUGCUGCAGCGGGAUCACAUGAAGGUCGCCUUCUUUGGACGCACCUCCAAUGGCAAGAGCUCGGUGAUCAAUGCCAUGUUGCGUGAAAAGAUAUUGCCCAGCGGCAUUGGACAUACAACAAACUGUUUCUGUCAGGUGGAGGGCAGCGACGGCGGCGAGGCCUACCUCAUGAAGGAGGGCUCCGAUGAGAAGCUUAACGUGGUGAACAUUAAACAAUUGGCGAAUGCUCUGUGCCAGGAGAAGCUCUGCGAGAGCAGUUUGGUGCGCAUCUUUUGGCCACGCGAACGCUGCAGCCUGUUGCGUGACGAUGUCGUCUUUGUGGACUCGCCGGGCGUUGAUGUGUCAGCCAAUUUGGAUGAUUGGAUUGACAAUCAUUGUCUAAAUGCGGACGUAUUUGUCUUGGUACUGAAUGCCGAAUCGACAAUGACGCGUGCCGAGAAGCAAUUCUUUCACACCGUUUCACAGAAACUAUCAAAGCCAAACAUUUUUAUAUUGAACAAUCGCUGGGAUGCGUCAGCCAACGAGCCAGAGUUUCAGGAAUCGGUGAAAUCGCAGCACACGGAACGCUGCGUCGAUUUUCUCACCAAGGAGCUGAAGGUCAGCAAUGAGAAGGAGGCCGGAGAGCGUGUAUUCUUUGUGUCCGCACGCGAGACAUUGCAGGCGCGCAUCGAGGAGUCCAAGGGCAAUCCGCCGCAUUUGGGUGCCAUUGCCGAUGGCUUUCAGAUACGCUACUUUGAGUUUCAGGAUUUUGAGCGCAAAUUCGAGGAGUGCAUCUCGCAGAGCGCCGUCAAAACCAAAUUCCAGCAGCAUAGCUCGCGCGGCAAAAGCGUAUCCGGUGACAUGCGCUCCAUGCUGGACAACAUCUUUGAACGGAUCACAAUCUUUCGCAAUCUGAAGCUGGAUCAAAAGAACUUGCUCACCGAACGCAUUCAAGGCACCGAGACGCAAAUGAUGCAGGUGACGCGCGAAAUGAAAAUGAAAAUUCACAAUAUGGUCGAGGAGGUGGAGGAGAAGGUAUCCAAGGCACUCAACGAGGAAAUCUGGCGGCUCGGCGUUCUCAUUGAUGAGUUCAAUAUGCCCUUCCAUCCGGAGCGUCUGGUGCUCAACAUCUAUAAGAAGGAGCUGAACGCUCAUGUCGAGAGCGGCCUGGGCAGCAAUCUGCGCGCUCGUCUCUCCAUGGCGCUGGCCAUGAACGUGGAGGCGGCCCAAAAUGAGAUGACCGAUCGAAUGCACGCUCUGGUGCCAAAUGAGCAGCUGGCCACGAAUAGCGCCAAAUUGGCGGUGCGUACGCAACCCUUCGAGAUGCUCUACUCAUUGAAUUGCCAGAAUUUGUGCGCCGACUUUCAGGAGGAUCUCGAGUUCAAGUUCAGCUGGGGCAUUACGGCCAUGAUACAACGGUUCACGGGCAAGGUGCGUGAACGCAGCAAAAAGCAGCAUACGCCCGCAUUGGUGAAUCGCCAGAGCAGUAUUGGGCAUACUGUUGUUACGCCCGUCAGCACGCCCGUGGAGACAACGCCCGUUUGCCUGCUGCCCGCGCCCGGCGUUGGCGGCAUUACGCCCGAACAGCUAUCGGUUAUAUCGCGCUUUGCCAUGUCCUCGAUUGGUUCGCAGGGCACCGUUGGCGGUCUCGUUGUUGCCGGCAUUAUGCUGAAAACGAUCGGCUGGCGCGUUCUUGUUGGCAUUGGUGCCCUCUACGGCUGCAUCUAUCUGUAUGAGCGCCUGUCGUGGACCAACUCGGCCAAGGAGCGCGCCUUUAAGGGCCAAUACGGGCGACAUGCCACCAAAAAGCUAAAAAUGAUUGUGGACCUAACAUCGGCCAAUUGCAGCCACCAGGUGCAGCAGGAGCUGUCGAGCACAUUUGCGCGCCUGUGCCGCACCGUGGACACCGCCACCACCGAUAUGAACGAGGAGCUAAAAACGCUGGAGGCACAGCUCAACGUGCUGGAGGCGAAUCAGAAGCAGCUCAAGCUCUUGCGCAACAAGGCCAACUAUAUACAGAACGAGCUGGACAUAUUUGAGCACAACUAUAUUGCGCCGCAGUAGUAGUUGAUGCAGCUGUUACGGAUGCACUGCAUCAUGGAAGCCUUAAACGGAACAGCACGACGACAACAACAACAACGACAACAACAACAACAAC